AGAACGGCACCCACAAACAUACUUCCGAGCGCUGUCCUAAUUUUUUUCUAUUCAUGGUUCCUGGAAGCGGGAGGGGAAGAGGGAACAGCGGACUGUCAUGAGUAGCUUUCUAAUUGGUCCGGGUGGCUGAAUUAUUUUCCCCCGCCUUCGGCGCGUCUGCCUCUCCUUUUUUAUCUCCCCCUCCUCCCGUCUCCCAUUUCAAAGGUUCCACCGGCGUGCCGCUCCGGUUCCCACCUUCCCCCAGAGGUGCAAAAUUGUUGGGGGGUUGCCUGGAAAAGGGGGCGCAGAUGAGGCGGGACCCCUGAACGCGGGAGCUCAGAGAGGGCUGCAAGAGAAUCUCUUGCCUCACGAUCUCUGCUUUGAUCUUUGUGUGUCUCUCCAAGAUGAUACUGAACAAUACUGACAAGAGGAACAGAACAUCAAGAUUGAAUAUAUGAAGGAAAAUAUUGAGGAACCUGCUGAAGAUGAGGCGCCUGAAUCGGAAGAAGACUUUGAAUUUAGUGAAAGAGUUGGAUGCCUUUCCGAAAGUUCCUGAAAGCUACAUUGAAACUUCUGCAAGUGGAGGAACAGUUUCUCUAAUCGCAUUUACUACUAUGGCUCUUUUAACCAUCAUGGAGUUUACGGUCUAUCAAGACACCUGGAUGAAAUAUGAAUAUGAAGUAGAUAAAGAUUUCACUAGUAAAUUAAGAAUCAAUAUAGAUAUUACAGUUGCAAUGAAAUGCCAAUAUAUCGGGGCUGAUGUUCUGGAUUUGGCGGAAACUAUGGUCGCCUCCGCAGAUGGUUUAAUUUAUGAGCCAGUAAUAUUUGAGCUUAGUUCCAUGCAAAAAGAAUGGCAAAGGAUGCUGCAUAUAGUCCAGAGCAGGCUACAAGAAGAGCACUCACUUCAAGAUGUAAUAUUCAAAAGUGUUUUCAAAAGUGCUUCAACAGCCUUACCACCCAGGGAAGACAACCCAUUGCAGCCCCCAGAUGCUUGCCGAAUUCAUGGGCACCUGUAUGUUAAUAAAGUGGCAGGAAACUUUCACAUAACUGUGGGCAAGGCGAUUCCCCAUCCGAGAGGCCACGCACAUUUGGCAGCGCUUGUGAGCCAUGAGUCAUACAACUUCUCCCAUAGGAUAGAUCAUUUGUCUUUUGGAGAGCUCAUCCCAGGCAUUAUUAAUCCUUUAGAUGGUACAGAAAAGAUUGCAUCAGAUCACAACCAGAUGUUCCAGUACUUUAUCACAAUUGUGCCAACAAAACUCCAUACAUCUAAAAUUUCUGCAGAAACUCAUCAGUUUUCAGUUACAGAAAGGGAAAGAGUUAUCAACCAUGCAGCUGGCAGCCAUGGAGUGUCAGGGAUUUUCAUGAAAUAUGACAUCAGUUCCUUGAUGGUGACAGUGACAGAAGAGCACAUGCCCUUCUGGCAGUUCUUGGUGAGACUUUGUGGUAUCAUUGGAGGAAUCUUCUCUACUACAGGAAUUUUACAUGGGAUUGGAAGAUUCAUUGUGGAAAUUGUCUGCUGCCGUUUCAAGCUAGGCUCUUCUAAAUCUACAUUUGUCGCGAAUCAAGAUGGUCACUUGAAUAACCACGUACCUCUCAUGACAGAUGACACUAUGCAUUAGCACAUUCUCCAGAAACUGUUUUUGCUUGCUUUCUGCUCGAUGCAGAUGACAUUUUUAAUAACAGAAAACAUUGUGCAAUAUGACAAGACAGUGCUUGAUGGGGAACAGGAAAAUAAGCCUUUUUUUAAAAAAAAAAUCCUUCCUGUGUGACAUGUCUCUCUUUGGAAUUCAGAAAGAGACCAAGAAAUCCCAAGAAAUUGACCUCCUCUUGAAGGAACAGGAUUGUGGUGUGGAUGUGGUGGAUAGUCAAAGCAAACAGUUUCACAGGAAAUGCUGUUGAAAUAUCAACAUAGAACAGUUUCCCAGGUUCUUACCCUGCAGGCUCCCGUGAAAGCCAUUGUACAGAGGAGUGAAGUCUGGAGGGAUGUGUGUGUUCAGCAUGGAAUAUAGCAAAGAAAAUUAGCAGGACAAGCUACUGGACAUUUUGUGACUGUUUUCAAAACUAGGGUGUAAGAUUUGUUUGUUUGUUCCUGUUAUGCCUAUAGGAAUAUCAGUGCUGUAACAAAAGUACAGAAAACCCAGAAAUGGAAAAUACACAAGGAAGUAAACAAGCUGGGGUAUAUGAUUGGGAACAGAUUGUGUGGAUGAUGUUUGUACAUUAAAAAAAACUUUUUGCAUAUUUCCAAACAAGCCCAUUCAUAUCUAGGAGAAAAAAAGAACAAGUAGGGCAAAGAAUACCUUUGCUUGUUAAAUCCACUGUUGUGAAUCCUCUUGGGAAGCAGUAGAUUCUUUUCUUGGAAGCUUCACCAGCAUUUUACUGGAAUUCUGUCAUUGAUAGAGUUAUCAAUGGAAUUCUGUCAUUGAUAGAGUUAUAUGCCUAAAGUUUGGAGAUGCGUUCCAACUUCUUGUAAAGCCACCACUUUGAGCCACUCCACUGAUUCUUCUUCCAAAACCCACCCUCAUUCUCCUGAAAUUAUUGGUGGACUUCAUUCUGGAAUGACAGCAGUUCAGGAUGCAGGUAGUUCAGGAAAAGAGCCAUACGUUAGUCCUGUUGAUUUCAUGCUGGAUGGUGGCCUAGUACCCCAAUACAGCAAGGCGGAUAUGUCCACAUGGCUGGUGUGCCUGCUAAAUUUCAUCUGAUCUCCACUGACCUUAAUAUAGCACAUCUCUUCUGAGGGAAAUGUAAUGCAUUAUAGUUCGAUCAGUGUGUAUUUUUCUAUAAAACAUGAUUGAAAAUCCUGACUGAAGGAAAUAAAAAGCAGACUGUUGGAUGAAUUCCUCCAUCUGGUGAACAGGGUUCCCUCCAUUGCAGAAAUUGAAGCUGCUGUUGGGAAGUGCUACUAUGCAAUACUUAGUGGGUACCAGCCAGAUGCUUUAUGAGUAGAAGAGGAACAUAGUCCUUGCUGAGCAGGUUUACCACCUACAUUAGAUGGUCAGACCAUAGUAGAAAGUAAGGUCAAAAUUUGAUGCACAAGGUGGGAUUGGAGCAGAAUCAGCAAAUUGGAAUGUAGCUAAAGUGAAGGCCUAGAGUUGGAUAGGAAAACAUUCUUAAGAUUUCAGGGUGACUGAGGACCAGUACAAACAUAGAGAUGGCUUGAAGAAGCUUCCUUGUGACUCAGUGGCUUCCUGGGGGAGACGGGAACAGAGGGAGCUAAUGCCCUAGGCGCCAUUUGCCCCUGUCACAUGGGGGGCACAUUUGGCUGCCCCUUCCUUCCAUGCUGCCUCCUUUUCUGUACCCCACCCAUCAGCCUGAGCCUCUGCUGCUGGCUGCCUUGAGCUGCUACUGCCUGGGCCGCCUGCCUCAGCUGCAGCAGGCCACCUGCUGGCCCUGGCAUUUGAAACACUUGGCAGUCCCUCCAGCAAGGUGCCCUUCCGUAGUUGGCUUGGCUGAGCACCUUGGGCUCCAAGGCAAGUGCCCCUUGUGACCCCUCUGUGCCGUGGGGCGCGUUUGCCUUACUCUGCUGUCUGCCUUCCCUCUUCUUUCUCCUAGCGCCUGCCCUGCCCUGCCCUGCCCAACCCGCAAAGGGGAGGCAGGUGACCGGGGGGGGUGUGUGUGUGUGUGUGUGCAGAGGCACUGGCAGUCUCACCUCAGGCUGGCUGCACAAGGAAGGUGACAGCUCUAACAGGUGGAAUCCCACUGUGAAGGAGGAGGCAGUCAUGGAUGGGGGCAAAGAAGAAGGCAGGCCAGAAGGAGGGGACAAGCCAGAGCCACUGCCCUCUGCCCGGUGAGCUGGGGUCCCCACUGCAAGAGCUCCUGCUGUUUGGUCCCCCUCCUGUUCCUCUGUCCUGACCCCUGCCUUGCCCUGCUGGGCUCCUCCCUUGGCUGCUUGCCUCCACUUUGCCUCUGUCCAGCCAGGAUAUGAGCAAGGACCAUUUCCAGUUCUGGAUGUACUCCAAGGGCUCCCGGCUGAGCAAUAUCAUAUUGGGGUGGGGGUUAGGGUUAGGGACACUUGCAAAUUGUGGGGGAGGGGUACUGGACUCAGAGUGGGGAGACACAAUUCCAUUGCUUGCCCUGGGGACUGGUUUUUGUAGAUACGUCACUGGGAUGGCAAACUUUGAAAGACCUUGUCUUACAAUGUCUCUGUCUCCCUAAUAGCACAAGCAGGGACCAGGGCUGGUGUUCAGCCUCCAUCAUCUGAUUAGGCAAACCCACACGGAAGGUGGAUUUGAAAUGUGACAAGAGGCUGGGUGGAAGGCUUCCUUGCAGAAACUCGUUCUCAGCAGCCUUCAGCCUCAAGGCCAUGUCAUACAAAGGAAUCCUUGAUCACCUAGUUCUUGUCUUUUGUGUCCACUGCUUCUGAGGGAAAUGUUGUUUAAUAAAGGGCCAGAGAUCCUGUGGCGAAUAGUGUUUGACUUAGGCCCGAGAGAGCAACCUGAUAAGACAGUCUAGCCUGAUCUUUGUGAAAGCUUAACAGGAUCAGCUACUUGGAUGGGGGAUCACCAAGGAAGACCAAUCUAGGUUGCCAUGCAUAGGACAUGAAUGGCACAACACCUCUGCUCAUCUCUUGCCUUGAAAACCCCAUGCACCUGGGGUCGCCAAGUUGGUUUCUAGUUGCAACUUGACAGCACACAACCAUUAUUAGGCUUGAGAGACCGAGUUUCAAGUCUACAUUGAACUAUAAGUUUACAACAUGGUUCAGUUUGGCCAUCAGUAAAAUGGGAAUAAUAUCCUGCAAGGCAAGCUAAUUGUGAGGAUGUAUUAUGUAAACAUUUGAUGAUAAACAUGUUUAAAACAAACUGCUACAAUAUUCGGUGAUAAAUUAUCACAACAAAUUGUAUUCAUUUUAUCUAUAAGGUCUGUUAACAGCAGUUCUGUUAGAAAUCCUCCACCCCCCUGGUAACUGAUCCUUCCUCCUAUGGCAGAGCUUAGAAAUGGUUUCUGCAUGGAUCGUCUCCAAGGGUGCCAGAAAGGGAAGGCAGCAUGGUGGCCCACCUCCUACUCCUGGAGAGCCACUUCCAAAGUUGUGACGCACAGCAGGGAAGCAAUUCUGGACAGCAGGUACUGUAGCCCCUAAAAAUGUAGAGGAAGUAAACUUAAGAAGAAAAGGCUUGCUGUAGGCUGCAUUGUGAGAUUGUUGUUGUGUAGACACAAAGUUCAAGUCUAGCAGUACACUUAGCUUAUAAAACACAACUGGUACAUUGUUUGUCCUCAACUAGUUUUCUCAGGAAAAUGUAGAUUGCAUCUCAUGGAUCUGUUCUGCUAAUGGUGGUGCCUUCCUUCAACACAGGGCAUGUUCAUCUGGCACAAGAGGGUGUUCUGCCAAUGCAAGAGCCUGUUGUGUCAGGAGAAAGCACCUUGUGCUGGAGGAAAGGUGCCAGUAGUGUUAGCUGAAUGGAUCCAUGGGAGAGAAUCCAAUGUGUAACAAAUGGCUCAGUGUGUUCACAUUGAUGAUUAUGGGAGGAGAGCCCUUUCUCCAGCCUGGUCCAUUGGGAUGGAUGUCAUUGCAGGGAAAUUGAGUUUGCCUCUCAGGACCACCCUAUUUUCAAAUGAAAGAUGUGGGGGAGAAAUGCAUUUGGGCAAGCCUCCCAACCUCUUUACGAAGGAUGUGAGAAUUGUAGCCACAAUUCUGCUGAAGGUGCAGUGCAGUAAAUAUAUGGAAUGGACACUUUUGUGAAAGUCAUUUUUUAAUUCUGAUUUUUUUUGUGGUAAAAGAAUACUUUUUGUCAUAGUAUUCUCAUCCCUGUAUAUUAAAGAAGCCCAUUAAAACA